AUGGAAGAAAGUGGUGCUAUAGUUUCAAAAGAGGAGGAAAUUGUACGUGAGCCUGAACCCAAAAUAGUCCAUACUAACUAUGCAUUGUCAUCCCAAUAUGAAUCACUUGAUGCAGAUGAUUUAUAUACAAAAUACAAAAAACUUCAACGUCAAUUAGAAUUUUUGGAAGUACAAGAAGAAUAUGUCAAAGUUGAAUUAAAAAACUUGAAAAAAGAAAUGUUACAUGCACAAGAAGAAAUAAAACGCAUUCAAAGUGUACCACUUGUUAUUGGACAGUUUCUGGAAGCAGUCGAUCAAAAUACAGGCAUUGUUGGAUCAACAACGGGAUCGAAUUAUUAUGUUCGAAUAUUAUCGACAAUUGACCGUGAAUUAUUAAAAGCCGGUGCAAGUGUGGCUUUGCACAAACACAGUAAUGCACUUGUAGAUAUAUUACCACCAGAAUCAGAUAGUAGUAUAUCCAUGCUUCAAGCAGAUGAAAAACCCGAUGUCGAUUAUGCUGAUAUUGGUGGACUUGAUUUACAAAAACAAGAAAUACGAGAAGCCGUAGAAUUACCAUUAACACAUUUUGAACUGUACAAAUUAAUUGGAAUUGAUCCACCUCGAGGUGUGCUUAUGUACGGUCCACCAGGUUGUGGUAAAACAAUGUUGGCCAAAGCUGUUGCUCGACAUACAACAGCAUCUUUUAUACGUGUUGUUGGAUCAGAAUUUGUACAAAAAUAUUUGGGAGAAGGACCGCGUAUGGUUCGAGAUGUAUUUCGUCUUGCAAAGGAAAAUGCACCUGCUAUCAUAUUCAUUGACGAAAUUGAUGCUAUAGCAACAAAACGUUUUGAUGCACAAACAGGAGCUGAUCGUGAAGUACAACGUAUUCUGUUGGAACUGUUAAAUCAAAUGGAUGGUUUUGAUCAGAGUAUCAAUGUUAAAGUUAUAAUGGCAACAAAUCGUGCUGAUACGUUGGAUCCAGCAUUAUUAAGACCCGGUCGUUUAGAUCGUAAGAUAGAAUUUCCAGUGCCCGAUCGUCGACAAAAACGUCUUGUAUUUUCAACUGUAACAUCGAAAAUGAAUUUGAGUGAAGAAGUUGAUUUAGAAGAUUAUGUUGCUAGACCAGAUCGAAUAUCUGGAGCUGAUAUUAAUUCUAUAUGUCAGGAGGCUGGUAUGCAAGCUGUUCGAGAAAAUCGUUACAUUGUAUUAGCAAAAGAUUUUGAAAAAGCUUAUAAAAACGUUGUAAAGAAAAAUGAACUAGAUUUUGAGUUUUAUAAAUAA